ACAAUCGAUUCGAUCAUCCAUAAAUUAAUUGUUUUUUUGUUAUUGAUGGAUUGAUUCCACCGCUUGAAAAAAAAAACGAAAAAAGUGCGUUUGAAGUUUCUCUUGUGACUUUCAUGGUCCGUAGUUGCGCUGAUUUAAACCGGAAACGCUGGCGAGGAAGAGGAGGAAGAGGAGGAGGACGAGGAGAAGGGGGAGGAGGAGGAGGGGAAGGAGGAGGAAGAGGAGGAAGAGGAGGAGGAGGAGGAGGAGGAGGGGGAAGACUAGAAGAGGGGGAGGGGGCAAAGGGGGAGGAGGAGGAGGAGGAGGAGGAGGAGGAGGAAGACUACUUGCUGGAGGAGGAUGAGGAGGAGGAGGUGGAGGAGGAGGAGGAGGAGGAGGAAGAAGAGGAGGAGGAGGAGGAGGGAGGAGGACUAGGAGGAAAAGGCCGAAGCUGGCGAAGAAGAGGAGGAGGAGGAGGAGAAAGAGGAGGAGGAGGAGGAGAAAGAGGGCGAGGAGGAGGAGAAGGAGCAGGGAGGAGGAGGGAGGAGGAGGGAUGAGGUGGCGGCAAAAGGGCGGUAGUUGCUGUUUUUUUUUUUUUUUUUUUGUUCCUUUUCGAACUUGCCCUCCUU